UUGAAAUGGAAUAUAUCGUUUGUAAGGGUGUCUAGGGUGUCAUUUGGCAUGUACAUAGCAAACACGUAAUGACACGUGUACACACAUUUUAAACAUAUAACUUAUAGUUAAACAUUGUUUUACAAAUGAACAUGACACCACAGUAAAACGCCUCAAUAAAUGAGCAGUUAACUGGUGCACACCACCACUUCAUAUAGAAUGUUGUCUAUCUGUAACAGUUGCAGAUGUGGCAUGAGUGCCUUCUGAUUGGAGAGUAAGGAUAGGAUGAGACUGGAGGAAUAGCUCAGUGUCUGAAAGAGGGUUCCAUGUGGUUUGCACCGUCCGAGCAAACAUAUAACGCUGAGCCAACGUUGAUGAAACGGUUUCAACCUCACGGCAAAGUUGCACGUUUACUGGGUUUCAUUCCAGUUUUCCCUUCAGCUUCUCAGGGAGCAUCAUCAUCGUGUGAAGCCGAAGCUUAACUAUCAAACCAUCAGAGGGGCCGAUAUGCUGUCCACAGCCGAGCGCAACAAUGCCACCACGCACGCGCCGGGUUACAGCCGAUCCAAGUGGCACCUGCCAAUAACCACAAAUCCCAUGCUCGUGACUUCGGCCUCGGAAAGCGUUGUCACGAUUCUGAACGGACGGCAGGAGCAUUUUGUCGGCGAAUACCUGCGCGCGAAGCUGGAAAUGCGAGACGCCACCGGCAAAGCCAAAUCGCACGGGGGCGACUUCGUCAUGGCCCGGAUUUACAACGCAGACCUUGGCGCCGCGGCUUCGGCAUCCGUGACCGACCACAGCGACGGGACCUACACCGUGGAGUUCAGAAUCCUGUGGCCGGGAGAGAGCCGGCUGGAGAUCAUUCUGGUCCACCCCGGUGAGGCGGUGGGGAUUCUGGAGAACGCAAGGGAGUCCGUGCCAAACAGAGUCAGCUUCUGGGGAACGUUCGUGGCGGGCGAGGCCAAAAAGACCGCGGUGUGCGAACUGUUCCUGAACACAACCCAAGAGAUCUGCAAUUUCACUGACGAGCGUUUGGGUGAAGGCUUGAUUUGCAAAAAGCCUCGAGGCUUUCCCUGCUACUCUAUCCACGGAUACACGUCCUUCACAAAAUACUGGGAAGUAUUCACUCAAGAUGAACGGAGGCUUUUCUCAAGGUAACACUUUUAUUGUUGUUGUUGUUAUUAUUACCCCGGUAAGCAUGGAACGUUGGGUCAAUUUUGGCCCGAUGUUGGUCCAACGUUUUCAAAAGCACGUACCCACGACGACAACAACGCAUUAUGCGUGUUUCAUUGCAGGGACCACAUCCUGGUGCCGCUGCGAGUUCCAUAUCACGUCCAUGCCUCCAUCACGGACGGUGAGGAUUUGUGUGACGCGGAAAGCUACACGUGAGAAGCCGACGUGGCCACGGCAGAGAACCCCAGUGUCAAGUCCCGUCGCCUGAGCGAGGCACUCUCAUCACAGUUGACUCGCAACAUCUAUACUUCUCGUUUUACACUUAACAUUUUCCAAACGGAUGUUUUUGUUUGUUUGUUUGUUUUAAUUGCUCUACACAAACGACUUUUAU